AUGGUGCUUGAAGCAAUUCGAUACGAUCCUGGCUCGGACUCUACGCCACCUGCGCUGCACAUCCUCGAUCAACUCCAGCUUCCACAUCGGACAGUGUUUGAGAGAAUCACCACCUGUGAGGAAGCCUACGAUGCGAUUAAAUCGAUGAAAGUGCGAGGGGCACCUGCGAUUGCUAUUGUAGCAGCUUUGGCUCUCGCUGCUGAAAUCGGAACGCUUGCUGUCAAAUCACAUUUACCUCACUCGGCGGAAGUCGUCCACGAGAGCCUGAUCCGGCGAUUGGAUUACCUGAAGACGAGCAGGCCAACAGCAGUCAACCUGGGCGAUGCUGUUGGCAAACUGAAGAUCAUUGCAAAGAAGGCCUCACUCAUCGCCGAUGCUGAUGGGAGAUCUGUCGCACUGGCGUAUAUUGCCGCUGCUGAGCGUAUGCUGGUGGACGAUGUGUCCGACAACGAAGCCAUCGGUGAGCACGGUGCUCGUUGGAUCGAAAUAAACACUACUGCUGGGCAGAAGCGGCAAAAGGACAAGAGUCAAGAAUUAAAGGUCCUAACGCACUGCAAUACCGGAUCCUUAGCAACCGCAGGGUACGGUACUGCCCUGGGUGUGAUACGUUCGCUCCGAGCUGGAAACAGUCUCACCAGAGCAUAUUGCACAGAAACCCGACCAUACAAUCAAGGCUCACGCUUGACCGCAUAUGAACUUGUUCACGAUGAUAUCCCGGCAACGCUGAUCACAGACUCCAUGGCAUGUGCACUGAUGACCAAAGAAGGUGACAGGCUUGCGGCGAUCGUUGUUGGGGCUGAUAGAGUAGCAGCAAAUGGAGACACAGCUAACAAAAUUGGUACACAUUCUCUGGCCGUUCUCGCCAGACAUCAUGGUGUCAAGUUUCUGGUCGCGGCACCAAGAACAACAAUCGAUCUGGCGACAUCGUCGGGAGAGAAUAUUAUCAUUGAGGAACGGGCCCCAGAAGAGGUUACCAGGAUCAAGGGACCCAAAGUGACGCCCGAGGGAAAGCUUUUACUUGAUGAGGGAGCUGAGUUGAUCAGUACUGCGGCAGAUGGCAUUGCUGUGUGGAAUCCUGCAUUUGAUGUAACUCCAGCCCAACUCAUUGAUGGAGUGAUUACCGAAGUCGGUGUGGUGGAGAAACGAGACGGACGGUUUGACUUUGGAUCAAUCUUCGAAAGACCCUGA